CCCUUCCCAUCCACCUCUCCACCCUCCCAAUCAAAGCCAUGGCUCCCAAUCUCCUCCUCCCUGCCCUUCUCCUCUCUCUCCUAACCCUCUCCUCCAUCCUCCCCUCUCUCUCCUGCCCCACCUGCCCCAACCCAUCUCCUCCCCCCAAACCCAAACCCAAACCCAAGCCCAAGCCCGAACCCAAACCCUGCCCGCCCAUUCCUCUCAACCCAUCCCCCCCUCCCCCUUCCAACAAAUGCCCAAUCGACGCCCUCAAACUCGACGCCUGCGUCGACGUUCUCGGCGGCUUAAUCCACAUCGGACUCGGCGACAGCGCCGCCGCCUCCUGCUGCCCCCUUAUCAGCGGCCUCGCCGAUCUCGACGCCGGCCUCUGCCUUUGCACCGCCAUCAAAGCUAAGCUUCUUAAUAUCAAUGUGUUUCUUCCCAUUGCUUUGGAGGUUCUUCUCGACUGCGGUAAACGCCUGCCCUCCGAUUAUAAGUGCCCAUACUAAUUUCAAAUUCUGCCAUGAGAGGAAACUGUGGGGAGAUUUAUGCUUAUGGC